UUGAAUAAUUGGAUUUCCAAAUGAACCCAGGAGCUCCCAUUUCUUUCAAACCAACAUUCGUUAGCAAGAAGGAACGUGAAAAACGCAAGAAAGAACUUGAAGACAAAGAGAAAGAACAGAAGGACAAAAAUGAUAAAAUUAUACAGAAGAAAAACAAGCUGUACUCUCGUGGCUUGGUCGGUGAGAAGCUCCAAGAUAGGCUAUCAGGCAACUACAAAUCAACUUCUUCAAGAUCAAACAACACUAAAUCAUCCAGUUCCAGGAAGAGAGACGAAAAAUUUAGAGAAAAAGAGAAGGAAGCUGAAGUUUUCCUGACUCCUAAAGAAAUCGAACUAAUCAAGAACAAGAAGUUAGGCAUCAAAAAGGAGAAAAAGAAAGUCCAAAAACCCAGUGAUAAGUUCAAGAAGGUGUAUGUCGACGACUGGAAUCCUGACGAUGACACCUCCCAAGAUAUAAACCCAAUCUUCCAGAAAAAGUAUGAGCCAAAAGUACUCUUUGGAAAAGGAAUGAUCGGAGGCAUUCACCUUGAAGAACAAAAACUUAAUGAAAAAAGCAGAAAGAUUCAGGAGAGUAUAAAUAGCGGUUCUAGAGUUGAUUUUGACAAUAAAGCACUCCAAGACAUGACCAAAAGAGACUGGAUGAUUGUCAGAGAAAACAAUGAUAUCCUGGUACAAGGAAGCAAAGUUCCUCCUCCAUUCAUUAGAUGGUCGGAUUUAAGAGUGAAUUCAAAAAUAUUAGAUGCAAUUGCAGAUAUUGGAUAUGAAAAGCCUACAUCAAUUCAAAUGCAAGCAAUCCCUGUUGCACUUGACAAAAGAGACUUAAUCGGAAUAGCUCCAACAGGAAUGGGAAAAUCAUGUGCCUUUCUCACACCGAUGAUUGACUUUUUCAUGUACUUACCAAAGAUAGAAGGAGAGUCUAUCAAUGAUGGACCCUAUGGCUUGAUCUUAGCCCCAACCAGAGAAUUAGCAAUCCAGAUAGAGAAAGAGUUCAUAAAUCUAUGCAAAUACACCCACUUGAGAUCAGCCUGAUUGAUAGGAGGAAGAAGCGCCUCUGAUCAAACUGCUAAGAUCAGCAGAGGAUGUGAAGUUAUCAUUGGAACUCCUGGAAGAAUUCUCGAUUGCUUAAAGAAAAGAACAUUAGUGCUCAACCAAGCUUUCUAUCUGAUUCUAGACGAAGCUGAUAAAAUGAUUGAAAUGGAUCUCGUUGACGAUGUAUCAACAAUUAUGGGCCAUAUCGAAGAUGAAGCGUUAAAUACAAUUUUGACUCAUCUUGAUCCUUACACACACGAUGAGUUAGUCAGAAAACUUCAUGGACGUAAAAGGAUGAUUAAUCUAUUCUCAGCAACAAUAUCCCAAGAUAUCCGUGAUUUAGCAAAGGAUUUGCUUCAGGACAACGUUUUCAUCUCCAUUGGAGAACCUGGAAGUGGAAAGAAAGAGAUUCUACAAAACUGUGAAUUCACAAAGCCCAGCCACAGAACCCAAAAAACUCUCGAGCUCCUGAGGCAGUAUGGAGUGCCAUGCUUAAUCUUCGUGAACCACAAAGCAGACACAGAACGUCUCUCAAAAGAAAUUGAGAAGAAAAGAUGGAAAUGCUCAGCAAUGCAUGGAGGUAAAUCUCAAGAAAAGAGAGAAGAUAUCCUCCAUGCUUUCAAGAAGGGCAGAAUUGACAUCUUAGUCUGUACAAACGUUCUGGCCAGAGGUAUAGAUAUCGAUGACGUGAAACAAGUCAUCAACUAUGAUUGCCCUACUGUUUUCAGCGAUUAUGUCCAUAGAAUUGGAAGAACUGGUAGAGCAGGCAAAUCUGGUGUUGCUACAACCUUUAUGAGCACUGAGAACUCUGAGAUCUUCGCAGAUUUGAAGAAAUUCCUUGAGCAAAACAAGCAAAGAGUACCAAGAGAAUUGGAAAGAGAAGUAAAUGACACUGGAAUGGAGUUAAUAAGAUAUUAGACCUAAUUCAAUUCUUUAAGAUAUUCCGGG